GUCAGGCGUGAGGCGGCUGGCGGCGGGAGCAGUUCCCUGGUCCCGUCGGGAAGGAGGAAGAGGAGGAGGAGGAGGAAGGCGGGGAUCAGCCCGCUGAAAGCCGGUCUAAAUCAUGGCCAAGUACGACGAUCUAGGUCUGGAAGCCAGCAAGUUCAUCGAGGACCUCAACAUGUACGAGGCCUCCAAGGAUGGUCUCUUUCGCGUGGACAAAGCUGCCGGCAACAACCCCGAGUUUGAGGAGACCAGGCGGGUGUUCGCCACUAAAAUGGCCAAGAUCCACCUCCAGCAGCAGCAGCAGCAGCAGGAGGAGAUGCUGAUGGCAGCACUGAACGGAGGGGCUGCUUUCAACCCCCCCCGGCCCUCCCUGCCUGUGGCACGGGGGUCCAAGCCGCCACCGGCCGCCGCGGAGGGGUCGCGAGUGAGGCCGUACGAUGGAGGUGAGGCCCCGGGCAGCCAGGCUGGGCGCUGGGGAUGGGAAGCGGAGCCCAACAGGAUCCCCAGACCCGCUGUGGGGCACAGGGAGCAACAGGCUGGGACCCCCAGUGACCCUCAGCCCUACCGUGGUGGGCAGGAGAAUGGCAGCAAGGGCUAUGAGCCGGCGGCAGCCGGGCAGAGAUCCUCCUUAUCGCAUGCCCGGGCCCCCCCGGCACCCUCGGCAGGGACAGAGGAUGGGGUACCGGGGGCCCUGCCACAGCAGAGGUCCUCCUCCUUCUCAGCCCCCAGGGCCGGAGGGGACAGCAGCCACCUGUGGUACCAGGGCGUCCCACUGUCCUUCCCCAGCAGCUCCGCGCCCGCCACCCCCAGCGUGGACUACCCGCACACCGCAGCUUAUGCCAGCCCAGCCGGACACUUGGUGGCCCACGGUCAGAACCACCGGGCCAACGGCAGCAGCCCAAGCCCAGAGCCGGGCUCCUCACGCCUGGCCUCACGUGGGGUGACGGCUUCGGAUGCUCCACAGCCGCUUUUCUCCGAGGGUGUGAGCGGCCCCCGGUCGGACACCGGGCACCCCGAGGGCUCCAGCACGGCCAAGGUGAAGCUGCCCUGCCAGACCCUCCUUCCGCAGCAGGAGCAAGGGCCGUCGGCGGCUGAGCUGAAGCUGGAGGCGCUGACCCAGCGCCUAGAGCAGGAGAUGGAUGCUCGGCCGAAGGCUGAUUACUUUGGCACCUGCGUGAAGUGCACCAAGGGGGUGUAUGGAGCAAACCAGGCUUGCCAGGCCAUGGGCAACCUCUACCACGAUGCCUGCUUCACCUGCGGAGCAUGCAGUCGAAAGCUGAGGGGAAAAGCUUUUUAUUUUGUCAAUGGGAAGGUGUUCUGUGAAGAAGAUUUCCUGUAUUCUGGUUUCCAGCAGUCAGCUGACAGAUGCUUCAUUUGUGGUCAUUUGAUAAUGGACAUGAUCCUGCAGGCUCUAGGGAAAUCAUAUCAUCCAGGCUGCUUCCGAUGCGUGGUCUGUAAUGAGUGUCUGGAUGGUGUGCCAUUCACUGUAGACUCUGAGAACAAAAUCUACUGUGUCAGAGAUUACCACAAAGUUUUAGCCCCAAAAUGUGCAGCAUGUGGACUUCCCAUUCUGCCCUCCGAGGGGUCUGAUGAGACCAUUCGGGUUGUGUCCAUGGACAAGGAUUACCAUGUGGAAUGUUAUCACUGCGAGGACUGUGGACUGGAACUGAACGACGAGGAUGGGCAUCGCUGUUACCCACUAGAUGAACACUUGCUUUGUCACUCCUGUCAUCUGAAACACAUUGAGAACGGCACAAUGCCAGCAGCUGCAUACCAGCACCACUACUAGCCUGCACGGCUGACAUCAGAAAGCCAGGACAGAAGAUGGUUACAUGAUCUCCCUCUCCCCACCCUCAGUUGGUUUCCUGUGCAUGUUUUUCACCAGUCAGCGAUGUUCCUGUAAAAGGAUAUGAGAGAUUUUAGCUGGAUUCCCAGGGGUUUUAUGCUUGUGAGUUCCAGCUGUAUCAAACCAGGUCUACUUGACCAAGAAUGUGGUGUGUUACCUAAACUGGUUUACUUCUACGUGCCUUUUUCUGCUGUCUGGAGAUUCCUCUUAGCUCCUUGUGGAAGAUUCUUCAGUGAAAGCACAAUUUGCUGUCGUGCCUAUGAACUCAAAUGGUGCCAUGCACAAUUAAAAAGCCAGAGGCUGGCUUGUCUGUCUGCCUGCCUGCCUGAUGUGGACAUCGCAUCGGUCUUACAUUAAGAAUUUCCUGAGAAGCACAUUUCAUCAGAUUCCCUGAAGGACAUCAACCUUUUAAUACCAGAUUUUAGACUCUCUCUUUUUAUUAAUUCUUUAGGAAAAGACAAGAAAGGGGUCUGUGCAAAAUGGAUCACUCAGACCUUUCAGUUAAUUCCUAGGUAUCGAGCCUGGCUGUAAAAACACCAACUCUCCAAGCAUGAAUCAGGCGUGCUGGCUGGCAGCUGGAGGCCAACAUCCCAUUUCAAACAGAACAGAAGACUGGAGCAAGCUAGGCUGAGCUACCACGAUGACUUGGGGUUCUGGGCUUGCAUGUCAGCAUGAUACACAGGGACCAGCCUACUGUGUCCGAGUGAAGAGUGGAUCAUGUUUGGAAAGGAAAGGUCGGGAUGCUGAAAGUGUGGACAUGGGGGAAAUCCAUCUUCAUUCCCAUUUGCAGAGCAAAUGCUCUCCCUACAGAGACACUUGCCUGAGUUUCCCAGUUGGUCCCCACAGCUCAGCCCCUGGGCUGGUCACUCAUUUCCAUGGUGUUUACCCAGCACAAAGCCAUUUCGUAAUGGUGCUUAUUUAGAGCUCGAGGUCCUUAUGGAGGCUUUGUUUCACGGGGAUUUAGAGCCCAGCUCCACAAGCUGUACUCAGAUGAGUAUGUUGGUAUAAACAAAUGUGCUCCCAUGAAUAACAACAGCUUAUAUGAGAGAGGGAUUAGAGUUUGGCCCUUGCUCUCUAAAGCAGAAAGGCAAAUCGUUUCUCUUUUUGACCCCUGCUCAAAGGAAUGUGCUCCCCCAGUUUGUGUUACCUAGGUGUGCCUGCAGGGCAUGCUCUGUAGGUACCAAAGCUGUGCAGCCCCUCAUGUACAGGUACAAAGUUUUUCUUUGAGGAAAAGCUCUUAAUUUAAAGCCUCAGGUUCAUUUGGGGUUCUUAGUUACCCUUUCUAACAUAUUGUGUUGAGUUAAAUCGUCAUCUGUCUAUGCUAAAGAUGCAAAUUUGGUUCUGACUGGCAAGAAGAUGACAUUCUUGAAGAUCUUUUUAGUGAAGAAGCUACAAUAAAUUAGCUGAGCAGUGGCACUGGGACUCCAAAAAUGAGCCUGUGCUGAGAACCCACCAUGGUUCAACCAGACCUCUUUAUCAGUAGCAUACACGUACGUGCUUGAACAUCACACCAAGUAGUCAGACUGACUCCCUCGUGUGCCCACCAGGAGCAGCUCAGGUGCUGGGUAGCCACAAGCUGCCUGUCUCUGCUAAUACACACCACGGGCCUUCAAUGUGUGUGGUACAAAAUGCUGUGCUAAGUAUUAAAUGGUAAAACAAAUGGAGACCAGUGUCCUGUCAGCACCCUCCAGCACGUCUGUAUGGCUUGCCUUGGCUGAAAUGUGAACAUCCCAAACUGCCCACGCCUCAGGAAGCUUUGGCAUGGAGUUUGAUGAGGCCAGCAGGCUAUCCAGCCUUCUGCCCCAUCCAGCUGUAAGCACCUCUGCCUGCUGUUAUUGCUGUUGGGGAUGGCAGCACACAUCUGGAGGUCAGUCCUGUGCUGGGAACUACCAGGAGCUCCAGCUUUGAUGUAGCUUGGCUCUGCAGCCCAUCAGUAAGAGACCAAAAGCUCAAGAGUGGAAACUUCCCCAGUGCAGUGUAUGUAGCCCUGGGGCAUUUAUCUUUGGAGAGUUGUACAUGUGAUUUAAGAGGGGGUAAAAUUGACCCCAAAUAAGGCCUUAAAUUUAGAUUCCAAAUGCUGGGUAGUGAGGGAUGGGAGCAGGUUUCAAGGUGUGACUGUGCUCUUAGGACUGUCAGAAGGGACUGAGGUGGGACAUAACGCCUUGUAAAUAACUUAUUCCUAAGCACGUGGGUCCUGUCCCUGAGCUUCCUUUGACAGCAAGGUAUCAAAGUGGCUUCUGGAAGUGAGGUGGAAACAGCAGCCUUGGUCGCCUGUUACUGUCUGUGAGAGAUCAGCUAUUCUGUGGCUCAUGGUUUUGAUAGCUCUUGGGUUUUAGAGCAUUUCCUGCCUUUGUUUUGGAAGGAUCUGAAAACAUCAGUGGGACUGAUGCUUUCUUUUUAGCUGCAGUUUAAACUGUGGCCUCGCUCUUGCACAACCCCAAAAUUGCAGGAAAGAAGGGAGGAUGGAGAUGAGCCAUUUUCCUUCAUGGAAAGCCUCAAGCAACCUGUUUGUGGUGAGCUGUCUGGAGGAGCCCCCUUUGAUCACUGGGAAGCUACACCCACACAGUGUCUCCUUACUCCUGCCAGCCAUAGAAUCACAGACUGGUUUGGGUUGGAAAGGACCUUAAGAUCAUCCAGUUCCAACCCCCUGCCAUGGGCAAGGACACCCCACACUAGAUCUUGGGUGACAUCAAGGCCCUGGCCAACCUGGCCUUGAUCCAUCCUGUAUCCUUCAGCGCUGGGGAAAUGAGGGCUGCCCUACUUUCAGUUUUGAGGUCCUGUGUAAAUUAUUAAGUGCCAAUGCUCUCUUUUCCUGUGUUUACAGAGCUAGAAACAACAGUGUGAAGCUACUGAAAAUGGAGCAUGUGAGCUUGUGGGUUUGAAGCUGAAGCAUCUACUGCAUUGCCCUGAGUGUGCUGACUUGCUCCACUUUUAUCUUUGUCAGUUAGAAUUCAUUUAAGCUCAUUAUUUCUCCAAGGCUGUGGGUAUCUUGAGUCCCUGUUGAUUGUCCCCAGCUUGUCUCUGGCUCUGCAGCUGCUUGACAGUGGGUCUGGGAUGUGGGAAUCAUAGAAUCAGACUGGUUUGUAUUGGAAGGGACCUUAAGAUCAUCCAGUUCCAGCCCCCUGCCACGGGCAGGGACACCACACAUUAGAUCAGGUUGCUCCAAGCCCCGUCCAACCUGGCCUUGAACACUGCCAGGCAUGGGGCAGCCACAGCUUCUCUGGGCUGCCAGUUCCGGUGCCCAAAGAAGGGGUAAACUUCCCUGUGUUCCCUGCACAGGGAAGGCUUUUCCUCUUGACCCCUCCACCAGGCAUCAGUGGAGCUGCAAGCCCUUGCUGCCUGUCUUCAGGCAGGCAGGUGGCUUGAGCUGGAGCUGCUUGGCUUUGUCCACUCUGCAGAGGAGCUGCAGGAAAGGUGUUCAGUUCUGCCUGUCUCCUGGCUCAUACACAUUGGGUUCUGCAUUGGGUUCCUAUGAACCCUGCUGUCUAUUUAUUGAGGUGCUGAAGCAUGCCAUGAAAAGUUAGUCGUGUUUCCUCCCCCAGAGUGCUUUUCUGGCUGGUUUUAUGGCAUGGGACCCCUGAAAGUCCCAUUGUGCUGGUAAUGAGCAAUUCACAUGCAAAUAGUUACUCAAGUGAAUUCCCUGGAACUUGCUUUCAGGAACCAGAGCUUAAUAGAUUUUUUUUUCCCCCAUUCAGAUCAUGCUGUUAACACAAAACCUCAUUUGAAUAGGUUUUUUUUUUUUGCAUAAAAGCUGGUGAAAAGGCCUAGCUAUAGACAUUUGUGUGUGGUUUAAAACGUAAGAAACACGUGUUCUAGUGAUUUAGGAAACUGGUAUUAAACACAGGGAGCAGCAGUUUCAGGCAGGCUGUGAGGAGCAUCUGAUGAGGUUUGUGCCUCCUUCUGAGUUUUGCUUGGGGGCUUUUAAAAUGUUUUCCCAGUCUUCCAGGGUUUAAAUGAUUUUAUUUGUAGAUCUUUUGACUACAAAGUGAAUGGCUCCUUGGGCUGGAAAUGGUGGAAUUUAAUCGGCAUUGGGCCUUGAAAGGGGGAAAAUGGACUUGGAAAGAGUGGGUAUGGGUCUGGCUGGCUGUUCAAAAGACAGGGUUAUCUUUGGCUGGGAGAGGAAGAAGUGAUUAUCUUCCAGUGCUUUCUCCUUGCACUAAUGUUAGCAGGUAUUUGACAUCCCUGAAUUUCCAUGUUUGGGCCUGUCCAUAAGUGCUGCUGGGACCUCCACCUCUGUCCUGUGAGUUGACAGCCCUGAGGGGAAUCGCAGGCACACGCUUCCUGAUGAAUUCGGUCCUUAUUUUGCACUUCCCUGGAAAUUUGACCACCUUCUUAUUUCAGCAACAGCAAACCUGGGGCCUUGCUUAAAGGGAAACUGAUACACGCUUUGACCUCCACAUCACCUGAGUAUCAUCAUACGUACAGGGACUCUGUACUCCGCUGCUGUUGCUAAGAGAAUCACAUGAAGAGCUCCAUCUGCAUUGAACUUCCAGUCCCACUGGAACCAGUAAGGCUGCACACGUACAUGAAGAUCUGUGUGUGUGCAUGGAUAAGUACUGGAUCAGGGGCAGAGUGGUGUUACUACAGAUGAGACAUAUCUGAGGAUGAAUCUGCGGCAGUGUAAGAGUGGCCUUGAAAUGAUCACUGGAAUGGACUGACAGCUUUUCUGUUUGAUAAACAGUAUGGUCUGCAGCUCUGGGGUGCACAGAGAAAGGAUGUGAAGGACUUGCUUUUGGUUACUGUAUUCCUGGACAUAUAUUAGAGGGGGUUUUAAGGGGAAGCACACUUCCAUACACUGGUCUGGACCAUUCUUCUCCCAUGCCAGCCUUGGCUGCGUGCUCUGUGUUCACUUUUGGGGUGGUGUGUGCUGUCGUGUCUGUGCAUAUGGAAGUGAGAGCCCUGCCUUUCAUACCUCUGUGCUCAUGCCAAGUGCCUGUAGAUGCAUUUUGAGCAACUUUCUGUGUAUGAGCAUAAGGACAAGUUGACCCAGCCUGCAUCACUGGGGAAACAUCUCUGGAGUCAGUACCUGCUGGCAGGGAAGGCCUAUGACCAGAUCCACAUCCCUUUUCCCCUGUCCUCUGAGGCCUGUGUGUCACUGGGGGAAGCUGGGAGGAUGUUUGUGUUUCUCAUCGCAUAAUGUUUGUGUGUUCAUUCUUCUUUUCCAUUCCUGCACCCUGCUGUGAGCCCAGACAGAGCCUGGACCUGCUCACCCACCCUUUUCCUAAGGAGAAGCGGAGCAAUAAAACCCCUCACCCUGCUUUCUUCCAGGGCAGCCAGAAGCUCACGUAGCCAUAUGCAAGUUGAGAGAUGGGAAGAAACUAUCUCCACGUGAACAUACACGGCAUAGAGCCCCACGAAGGCUGACCACAGGGAUGCCCUGUGGAGCAUCCACAGGUGGAGGGAUGGCCAGGCUGCAGUUCCCAGCCCCGGUGGCACCAACCCUUGUCUCCACGCAGCAGGUCUGCGGAGCACAGCCAGACCUGGGCAUGCUCUCACAGGCUGUGGCUUUCUGUAUCCGGGAAGCAAAUCCAGAGCCUGGCUUAAUGAUUCUCAACGGUACUAAUGAUUUCAUUCGUUUCCUUCAAAGCUCAGCUCCGGGAAAGAGUGUUUGAGGAUUUGUGGUGGUGUAACUACCCUCAGCCACCUCUGAACACAGCCCUCUUCUCUGCUGUUACAUAUUUAUAAAGGAAUGAAGGCCGGCAGCGGGAGCUGUUGUGAUUUUGGUGAUUAAAGGCAAUACGGUAAAACAA